GUUUUUUUUUUUUUAAAAAAAAAAGAUGAAGAUUGUUCUUGAUUAUCAUUAUCCUACCUUUCAAGAUCAAUUAGAAGCGUUUAGAUCCACUUGGUUACAAUCAACCAUUUCUUAUCUUAUUAACUUUUUUCCCAUAUUACGUUGGAUUCAUCGAUAUAAUUUAUCAUGGUUAUUUCAAGAUGUAAUUGCAGGAAUCACGGUAGGUUUAUUACUUGUACCUCAAGGUAUUGCUUAUGCUAAAGUUGCAAACUUGGAUCCUCAAUAUGGUUUAUAUACUUCCUUUGUGGGUGUCACCAUCUAUUGUCUAUUUGGUACAAGUAAAGAUAUUAGCAUUGGGCCAAUCACUGUUGUUUCAUUACUUGUGGGUGAAGCUAUUACCAAAGUUACAGAAGCCCAUCCUGAUAUUACUGGUCCAGAAGUAGCAGUAUGUUUGUCCCUUGUUUGUGGUGUGAUCACUUUAUUAAUGGGUAUGAUCCGAUUAGGUAUCCUUGUUGACUUUAUUUCUGGUCCUGCCAUUGCUGGUUAUAUGAGUGGAUCUGCUAUUACUAUUGGAUUAGGACAAUGGCCAAAGGUAUUCGGCAUCACUGGAGUGGAUACACGUCAACCUCCUUACAUUGUCUUUAUACAAUUUUUCAAACAAUUUGCAACGACACAUAUUGAUGCUGCUUUCGGUAUUACCUCACUUAUUAUCCUUUACGUUAUCAAAUUCGGUACUGGACGUUUAGCAGCACGAUUACCUCGACUCAAGAAACCUCUUUUUUUCAUGGGUAUCAUGCGAAAUGGUUUGAUAGUGAUCGCUGGCACUCUUCUUUCUUUUCUUAUCAAUCUGGGCAGAAGCUCUAGUCCUUUCAAGAUCAUCAAGGAAGUACCAGCUGGAUUCGAUGCUAUGGGUGUUCCUCAUAUACGGUUAGAGAUCAUCACUGAAUCUAUGAGUGUCUUACCAUCUAUUAUCCUGAUCCUUGUUUUGGAACAUGUAUCUGUGGCUAAAUCUUUUGGUCGUCUUAGUGAUUAUGAAAUUCAACCGAAUCAAGAAAUAUUAGCUAUUGGUGCAAGUAAUAUCAUUGGUGCUUUCUUCGGGGCCUAUCCAGCUACUGGUGCGUUUAGUCGAACUGCUGUUAUGGCAAGAUCUGGAGCAAAAACACCGUUGGCAGGAUUAUUUACUGGAUGUAUCGUUGUGCUUGCCUUAUAUGUAUUGACACCUGCUUUUUACUUUAUUCCUGAAGCUGUUCUUGCCGCUGUCGUAAUACAUUCUGUCAUUGAUCUGGUAUCUGGUCCCGCUUAUGUAUUGGAACUCUAUCGCACUAGCUAUUUGGAACUCGUUGUCUUUUUACUUGGUGUAGGAAUCACCUGUUUUGUGGAUGUGGAAACUGGAAUUUAUGCAUCUGUGGGUCUUUCACUGGUGAUUAUGCUUCUUCGAUUAGCACGUCCUCCUGUCCAAGCUCUUGGUCGAUGCCCUUUACGGUCACAACAUUAUCCAACAAUGCAAACCGAUACCUUUGCAAAUGAUCAACACUAUAUCUAUGUGGAUGAAACUGAUCCUCACUUUGCCAAUGUUUUGGAGCCUUUACCACCUGGUAUACUUGUGAUUCGACUGACUGAUUCAAUUCUCUAUCCAAAUGCCGGUUACGUGGCUGAGAAACUCACUCAUUUUGGAAAAACAAGAACGCGGAAUGGAAAUCGGAACAUGGAUAUCAAAUCAUUACCUUGGAAUGAAUCCACAGAUACAAGUCAAAAUCAUCAUCGUCAACCUUUACUUGGAGCAAUUGUAUUAGACAUGACGGCAGUACGCUCAAUGGAUACGACAGGAUUACAAGCUUUGGGAUGUGUAAGAACAACUUUGGAACGUCAUGCUGGACAAACUGUGGAAUGGCAUUUUGCUGGAUUACAAGAUGCUAGGAUUCGACAAGAUUUACUUACAUUUGGAUUUGCAUCAUUUACGGAAUUGGACAUUAAUCGGUUCUCAAUACGCAACAGUCUUUUUGAUCCUAUGGAAAUGGAUAUUGAUCCUUAUUACGCCAGCAUCAAUAUGUCAACCGAUCCUCAUGAUCAAUUACCAGAAGAACGUUACCCUUGUUUCCAUUGGGAUGUAGAUAUGGCUGUACGAACAAUCAGUGAAAGAUGGCACAGCAAGAAGUCGAUUCAACCUUAUUUUUCUUCUUCAGAUUCUUUAGCAUAG